UUCUCAAUGCAUGCACAAGCAUAAAGUAGCAUUUGCUAACAAACGUGUCUCCACAACAUUCCAUCUUCAGCGCUUGAAGUUUAAGAGGACUGGCUAGAAGAAUAAGGCUAUUUGGACAUUAUCUGAUUACAACAACACUGACUUCGUCUAUUUCCAUAAUCAAUAGAGCAGGGGAUCUCCUGUCCGAGUGCGACUUCACCGCAGACGCACUCCGACUCCAGGCGGAACUCCGCACACGUUCGGAAGCCCACAUUUGGCGCUUUGAUCUUGGCGAACGGAAUCCCGAGCGAGAGCAGCGGUUUUGGGAAAAGGGAAUCUGCUUGAGCCUACAGAAAAUGCAAGUAUUUUAACUGCGGACUUGGUAAAGAAUUAUAGCAACUUAAAGACCACUUUAUCGAAUCUGGCGGAGAAGCAGAGAGAAGAUAUUGCCUGGAGUUUGCCAGCAUCACCGGCGGAGAUGAAGACAGCCCAUGUUAGCCCCGCCCUGGGCUCGCCAUUGGACGGCAGAUGACUUAACUGGACAGACGGAGGCGUAGCAGGGCUGGGGGUGUAGCAGCAGGGGGCAGUCAUGAGCUGGAGCUUCCUCACGCGGCUGCUGGAGGAGAUCCAGCAGCACUCCACCUUCGUGGGGAAGAUCUGGCUGACGGUGCUCAUCGUGUUCCGGAUCGUUCUGACAGCGGUGGGCGGCGAGAGCAUCUACUACGACGAGCAGAGCAAGUUCGUGUGCAACACGCUGCAGCCGGGAUGUGAGAACGUUUGUUACGACGCCUUCGCUCCGCUCUCGCACGUGCGCUUCUGGGUCUUCCAGAUCAUCCUGGUGGCCACGCCCUCCCUCAUGUACCUGGGCUUUGCAGCCAAUAGGAUCUCUCGCCUGGAGGAUGGGCGUGGCUCGGGGCCGAGCAGGAAGCAGAGGCUCUUUGGGCGUCGGCCUGAGCGAGGCCAGGAGGAGGAGCCAGAGGAGGAUCAGGAGGAGGAGCCAAUGCUGCACGCGCCAGUGACGGCGGAGGAGGAGGAGGAGGGGCCUCAGGGCAGGGGGCGGGGCAAGCCACGGCAUGACGGGCGCCACCGUAUCCGUAGAGACGGGCUUCUGCGUGUGUACGUGGUGCAGCUGCUGACGCGCUCAGCGCUGGAGCUGGGCUUCCUGAUUGGUCAGUACGCGCUCUACGGGCUGCGCGUGCCUGCGCUCUACCAGUGCAACAGCGCCCCCUGCCCCCACGACGUGAACUGCUUCGUGUCGCGGCCCACGGAGAAGACCAUCUUCCUGCUCAUCAUGUACGGCGUGUCGCUGCUCUGCCUGGCGCUCGACCUGUGGGAGAUGCUGCACCUCGGCCUCGGCUCCAUCCUGGACAUCCUGCGCGUGCGUCGAGCGCCGGCCGCCGGAGCCCUGGGGCCCCUGAGAGGGGGCGCGCCGAUCAGCGAGGCCGGGGGGGGGCCGGGGGCCGGCUACGGCAGCUACCCCUUCUGGAGCGGCGCCGCUCUGGCGCCCCCUGGCUACAGUCUGCGGCCAGAGCAGCUGCCCAUCAGCGAGCUCAGCAGCCAGGCCAAGAUGGCGGCGCGGCAGAACAGAGCUAACAUGGCGCAGGAGGAGCAGGAAGCGGCGCAGGACGCAAGGGGCGGGGCCAGAAGAGACAGGAAGAGGGAGUGGGGGGGCGGGGGCAAGCACUCGGGGGGGCGGGGCAAGCACUCGGGGGGGCGGGGCGACCGAGGCAGCUGUAGCAGCAGCAGCCGAUCAGAUGAGGGGAAACCGUCAGUGUGGAUCUGA